AUGAACGUAAUGCGAAAGCUGCGAGGGGCGGCUAGCGCAGGAAGCACUAGUGGCACUUCGACGGCCAACAACAGCACUCCUGAUGGAAACAGGACUCCAACCGUGCCCGCGGCCAAUGGACGAACGACCGAGGAGGCCCUGAUGGACGCCCGCGUCCUGGUCAGCCUCAACACGCUGAAGAAGCUCUUCAACGAAUACACCCAUCCGAGGGAACCGCUGAGCGAGCAGGAGCGCGAUGCCAAGCUGUACGAGAUGCUGCCACUCUUCUGCAAGGUCUUUAGCAGCUGUCCGGCUAACGACAUGAGCGAAAAGUUCUGGGAUGUGGUCGCCUUUUGCCAGCAGGUUUCCCGUCUCAUGGUCAGCGAAAUCCGCAAGCGAGCCUCCAAUCAGAGCACGGAGGCUGCAUCCAUUGCCAUCGUCAAGUUUCUGGAGGUGGAGACCACGGAGGAAACCAGCAGCGGAUGGAUGUUGCUGGCAACCCUUAACCUUCUGGCCAAUGGAGACGUCUCUCUUAUACAGGUGAUGACUGCCGCAGCGGUUCCCUCGACUCUGGUGAAGUGCCUGUAUUUGUUCUUCGACCUGCCAAUAAUAGAGGACGAUGAGCCAACAGCAGACGGGGGGGCAGUCAGUGAAUUUAACGCCCACGAAAGGCGCACCCUCCUGCAGAAGGUGUUUGUGCAGCUGCUGGUAAAGCUCUGCUCGUACCCCUAUCCCGCCGAGGAACUGGCCCGCAUGGACGACUUGACGCUGCUCUUCUCGGCCAUCACGUCGCCCUGUCCCAUCCACAACAUUGUGUGGCGCAAGAAUGCAGCUGAAAUCCUGACCAGAAUAUCAAGAAACGGUCUGACCGAUGCUGUGGUUAGCUACAUACAUUCCAAGGGCUGCAUGGCGCUGUGCGUAGACAACAUGCAACGCCUGACGUUUGGAAAUCCUUUGGAAAUCGUCGAGAUGUUCGUCACCGUGUUCUGCUUUCUCAAGGACUCUAGUCAGGUAUCCCAGAUUCUCAUGGAUGAUUUUCGCGCCUCUCAGGGUUACGUGUUUCUCAGCGAUUUUCUGCUAAAGUUUGACAACAACCGUAGCCAAUCGCUGGAGAUUCAAGCAGCCGUACGCAAUCUUGUUCUGAUGAUCUCUUCGUUGUGCAUGUGUGGCUUCUACGAGCUCCGACCGCCAGCUUCGCAGUUCAACACGGCUUUCAAGCUGCAGAACUUCCAGCUGCCGCAGGCCACCUCUCGAGAAACAUGUGUGCGAAAUGUGUACGCCUUUCAGGUGCUACAGAACGUGUUCCUCAAGUCCACGACGCCUGCCCUGUGUUGCACCAUUCUGGACGCUAUUUCGCGGGUGUACCACUCGGAGAACGCCAACUACUUUAUCCUGGAAUCGGAGCACACGCUCAGUACGUUUGCGGAGCGCAUACAUCUGAAAAGUCCGCAGAUUCAGGAGAAGUUCUACGACAUGCUGGAGUUCAUCGUCUUCCAGCUGAACUUUGUGCCGUGCAAGGAACUGAUCAGCCUUUCACUUUUGCUGAAGCACAACCAGUCGACGCCCUGCAGCAUUCUAUGCCUGAAGACACUGCUAAAUAUUUUGCGACACAAUGCUGUCUUCAAAGACGUCUACCGCGAAGUGGGUAUCCUGGAGAUCUUCGUGGGCUGCCUUACAAGAUACGCAUCACAUGUGCAGCAAAUUACCAAGGGCGAUGAGUCAGUGGUGGUGGAGCGAGAAGGUGACACGGAGGAAGACCUGCUGGACACGAUGGGCAAACAUGUCCUGGAGGCUCUGACCAUGCUGCUGGGCGGUGGAGCCAGUAACAAUGCGCAACUCUUUCGUGAAUACGGUGGCGCCAAGUGCGUCCAUGAGCUGGUGAAGUUCAAGCACUGUAGACCGCAGGCUCUCGGCAUCGUCAGGGAGCUGAUUCUGUCCGUAGGUGGAGACGACGACAUGCUGCACAUACUCUCGCUGAUGCACAGCGUCAGUCCAUCGCAGGUGGAGUUCAAGAUCCAGAUACUAAACAUGCUGCUCGGAUGCCUAAAGGACUCCCACCGCACACGGACCGUGUUCCGCAAAGUGGGUGGAUUUGUUUAUGUGACCAGCGUUUUCGUGUCUCUGGACGGCAGCAUGGCACGGCCGCAACCGGACAUUCCACAACAGGAUCUCAUUCUGCUACUGCAAAUAGUCUUCCAGACCCUGGCCACGGCCAUGCGGUUUGAGCCGGCGAACGCCAAGUUCUUCUACCAGGAGAUCAGCAGCAGCUCCUUGUGCGACACUCUCCGUCUGCUAGGAUGCUUUGGGGGAUCGUCUGCUUUGCAGGACUUCACAGGCGUCUAUGAGCCGCAGCAGUCGCUACUCAAGUAUUACCAUGAGAUUUUCAGCGGGGACAUUCUAGGCGUCAGUUUCUCUGAAGACGUUCCCUACCCGUUGUCCUAUGUGUGCGUCGUAUUUCGGCUACUUUACAGUAUUGCGCUAGACAACUUCGAGGCUCCGAACCUGAAUGGCAUCAUCACACUCUUCAGCGAUCCUCCGGCGCUUUUGCGAUCUCCGAGCAAGGAGCUGGCGCCACCAGUGCAUCCCAGCCAGCUGAACCUCACACAACCCAGUCCCGAGCCGCGGAUAGUACAUCCAGGUGUGGUACUCUGUAUGCUUCAGUUACUACCCGCCGUAGAGAAUGAUGCAGACCCUCUGAAAGCGGUGCAGCUGCAAGUAUAUCUCAGCGAAAUCAUCAAGUCCUUGGUGCGGAGCGAGCGCAACCAGCAGAUUAUGUGCGACCACGGACUGGCAGAGAAGCUGCUAAAGCUGACGCGGAGAGCGCUGGCGGAGGAGUCGCAUCCCCUGCACGUACCAAUGCAGUACAUUCUGGAGCGUCUUGCCGCCCAGGCGCUGCAGCCCACCGAGUUGCGCCAGUUCUUGCGCUUGGGCGAACCACUCUCGUGUGCGGAUAUAGAUCUUCAGCAGCCAUACAAGCUGGGCGGACCAGUUCCGCUGACUCGAAUCAAGACUCUGGUAUCGAUGACAACUCCGCGAGACUUCCGGGCCCACGGCUCAAGCACGCUGCCUCCCUUUGUGGAGCUGGACAUGUCGGCCGAGGGAUUCGGUUGCCUGUACCUGCCCUCAUUGGCGCCCCAAGCGACGGCCACUGCCGGCGGAACCAUUGACGCGAACACCAUUGGAGGCAUCGGGGCCGGCGAUCGCAUCUUUCCUCCACAGACAGGUCUUACGUACUCAACCUGGUUCUGUGUAGAAAAGUUCUCAGAUCCCAAGACGGAUCCACACUGCGUCCGACUUCUUACCUUGGUCAGGACUAUUCACAAUCCACGUGAGGAAAACCUGGCAUGUUUAUCCAUUUUGCUUUCGGCGCGGGACAAGGCGAUCGUCGUCUCCACCCAGGAGACUUUGGUCACGCCCAGAAAAAGUAUUGGUGACUGGGAGCCCGAAGGAUCUGACGACGGCAUCGCUCGCAUAUGGUGUCCCGACCUCCUGCAUGAGGGCCAGUGGCACAACCUGGUCGUUGUGCUCAACCGAGCCGUUCUGAAGAACUCCAGCUUGUUCCUUUAUUUGGACGGGGUGCCCAUGCAUACCCAGAAGCUUCAUUACAUCGCCCAGCAUCCGGCAGCAGGUAACGCCAGUCUCACGUCGGCCACACAGAUUUUUGGAUACAUCGGUACACCUCCAAUAUGGAGACGCUAUUCGCGUCUUUGUUGGAAGCAAGGCGUCUGCCACCUGAUCGAAGAUGUGCUUACACAGCAGACGGUGCAGACCAUCUACCAACUGGGACCUCACUACAUGGGCUCGCUGCAAGCUCCUCAGCUUGGCAAACAGACGGAGUCGUUGGUGCCCCUAGUGCCCGAGGAUCGCGUUCUCCUGGGUCUUAACGCUAAGGCGGUGUCCAAGCUGACGUUGGUCAAAAUUCGCAAAGUGUACAGCCGGGCGGAUAACAAGAGCAUUGCCAAGCAGCUGAAUAUGAACUCUCACGAGAAUGCUACGCCCAUCAAAAUUCUGCACAACUCCGCUGGACAUCUCGCAGGGGCUGGUCGGUCCCUUGGCGGCGUGGUCGUCGGUUAUCUGGGAGUAAGAGUCUUCAGCCCGCAUCCAGUCUCAGCCAUGAUCGACACAGUGGGAGGUUGCAACGUGCUGCUUGGUAUCAUCGCCAUGGCUCAAGACGUGGAGUCGUUGUAUGCCGGAGUCAAGGCUUUGACCUGCGUGGUACGGAGCAAUCGUGCCGCCCAAGCAGAAAUGGACCGCAAGCGCUGCUACCAGACGCUGGGCAUGUUCUUUAAGAAGAAGAAACAUCUGCUGAACUCGCACAUACUGCACCUGACAUUUGGUUUGGUCGGCACUGUGAACAGUGGACAGGACAUGUCAUCCAUUCCAAACGUGACUGCAUUUCAAGACCUGUUGUGCGACCUAGAGAUUUGGCAUAACGCACCGAACGGACUUCUGCGAUCCCUACUGGAGCAUCUGCUGGAGUUGGUGGUGGAGUCGAGCGAUAAGAAGCAGAACAUAAAGAUCAUGAGAGACCUGCAACUUCUAGUCAAAUUGCUGCACAUCAUCACUCAGAUACAAGACCACUCAACUCGCGAGAUCCUCUUUAAUCUGCUGGAGACUCUGCUGGGCGGUCAGCCGAGGCACACAGAUCUGCUGCUUUUUGGCCAAUAUGUGGCGGCCAAGCUACCACUGGCUCAUAAUGGAGGCUUGGAACGUGCCGUGCUCCUACCCAGCAUGAAGAAUCCUACCGAAGAUCAGGAUAGUGGCGUGGCCCAGAACAUCUACCUGCGCAAUCGCUGCCUGUCUCUGCUCCACGGACUUUUGUUCACGCCCCGCAACACCGUGAACUAUGUAAUCUGCGACGAUAUUUCCAAGACUCUGGGCAUGGAUUGGCUGCUACUCUUCAUGCAACCGCACGUCCACUUUACCACUGUCAUCAUUGCAGUGCGCAUCCUGGUCGUUAUCUGUGCCAAUGAAAGUUUUCUUGUGCGCUUUCGGGAUGCGACUCACAAUGGCGGCUAUCUUCGAUUCACUGAGAUGGUGUCACAGCGGAAAAUGAUGGGUCUUGGAGCCCAACAGCUUAACCAGCGUCCAACAAAUGGCACUGGCACCGUCAUUGUGGCCACUCCGCAGAACACCAUACAACAUCUACCCACACAGAUCGCCGGCGAGGUACGAGCAGCAGCAUUGAAUAUUCCAGGUUUCCAGCUUCUUGAAUGGCUGAUGAAUCACCAUCUGGACGUACCGGAGCUGUACUUCUUAAUGACCGCCCUGAUUAUGGGACAGCCUGUAAAGGUGCUGGCUACGGAACAUACCAAGUUUGAUCUUGACCGCGUCUGGUCGUUCCUUUGGGGCGCACCUGUCUCAGCCAACACGCAGCUGCCUAAACUCAAUGUUUGCCCCGAGGGCGUGUGCGUUCUUCUUGCUAUGGUGCGGGGGAUCGUACACGGUGGUGAGUGCGCACCCUGGCUACAUAGUCAUCCGGAGACCAUCAUACAGCUCCUGUUCAGCCUGUAUCAAAACCUUGCCGACUUUGCCCCAGUGAUGAUGUCUGGCGAUGUGAUCACUUCGCUGGUUGCCGUGCUGUUUCCACUGACAUCCCGCUCUGCGGACUCUGAGCCGAACAGCGGAUCAUCCACCCCUACAGACGAUACGGGAACCAGCUUUGCUUUGCCACCACCGGAAGCUCUGCAUGGGGCACCGCAGCCCAAGUUAACCACUCACCCGGUGUGCAAGUGCAUUAUCGACUUCCUGCGCGUCAUUGUCGUAGAUUCGCUUGGCCUGAAUAUGCAAGGAAAGCUUACAGCGGUAAUUGAUCUCGUUCUCGACGCAGCACCGGAUUCGGCGGAACUCCCGCUGCAGGUUCAAUACCAGACCCAGAUCAUCAUCGCCCUAAUGGAUCACCUAUUGGCCGCAGACGUGCUUGUGGGCGAACAGGCAGCGCUACCUCUGGUACCUCUCUUACAGAGCCAGAUGCAGCAGGUCGCACCAAACGUAUUCUACCUAACCACCCGCAUCGUGGACAAGCUGUGGCAGGGCUGCCUAGCCCGCAACCCGCACGACAUUUUCGACUUUGUUAUAAAGCUGAUCGUACAGGCCAAGCGACGAUCCUCGUCGUUAUCGCUAGAGCAACUUCACCACUCACUGAAUCGCAGUAUUCUCUUCCUGCUCUCCCGCCCCACCGACGACUCGCGGGCCGAGCAGAUGAGCGUGCUGGAGGCGCUACACAAGAUCAUACAGCACCGUCUGCUUAUUUUUGGAGCGGGCAACCACGAGCUGGAAUUCAUUGGAUGCCUCACAUACUGCCUGCUGCAAUUGACUGCCGACAUGAAAAUUGUUCUGGAGCCGGCCACCAGCCGAAAUACCACCUGGCACGUGAAUCCCCAGACGGAGACGUCAGAGCCCAAGGACGAAGACCUCAACCAGUUGCAGGGUCGGAACCUGAUUGUUGGCGCUGCCUUUCGCGUUUGGGAGGAGCUAUACGUUUGCAAAAAGCCGGCCAUCGAAGAGGUUUUCAAAGUCUCCCUCACUUCCCCACCGCCGAACUCCAAGGCACCUGAUCUACAGACCACUCGUGAGCAGGUAAUGGAGCUGGCCUCUACCAAAUGGUUUACCUAUGUGGAGGCGGAGCGCAAGGCCACCUAUCGUGUGCCCUGGGAACUGCACACGCAGCUCCAUUCAAAAAUCCUAAAAGUCACCGGUGGACUAUCGCGCUUCACUAGUCGAACUAAAGCCAAGAAGGAGGAGCUGGUACGAACCAGGUCGACCCUAACUCGCGAAGCGGCCUACGAGUCUACUGGCAUCCAUGUGCAGCUUAUAAAGGAUCUCCUGGACCUGCGUGCCAAGCAAUACCAGCAGAUGCUGCAGCACACCCAGCGCUACGUCUACCAGGACUGGGUGCAGUCGGAAAUGGAGCUUACCCGUGAGCGGGGGCUGUGGGGUCCCACCGGCAGCUGUUCACUGGAUAAGUGGAUAUUGGACACCACCGAGGGUCCCCACCGAAUGCGCAAGAAGACGAUGCGCAACGAUGUCUUUUACCUGAACUAUCCCUACCGACCGGAGCUGGAACUGGCCGACAACAGGCAGCUGAAAUACAAGGUGGCCUCCAGUCUGGACAGCAAGACGUACGCGCUGCACGGUCCGCAGCAGCCUCGCAUCCUGGCCGAGGCAGCGGAUCACCAUGCUAUGCAACAGCAGAGUUCGCUGGAAGCAGUACAUUCACAUCGUUUGGAGACCAGCAGUUCCACAUCAACACCCCCACCGCUUGUUCUACCAAAGCUUGUCGGCCAUGGACCAGCACCGCAGGAGUCAGUGGAUGGCAAUGCCCCAGAGGAUGACGAGGAGGAAGAGGACACCUCGAUGACCAGCGAUAAUGAGACCUUCUUGCGCCUACUAGAAGAACAGGAGAAGAUUAGCUUUAUGUUCCGAUGCGCUAGAGUUCAAGGACUGGACACCUUUGAGGGACUUUUAUUGUUCGGCAAGGAGCACUGUUACAUUGUGGAUGGCUUUACGUUGUUGAAGAACCGUGAGAUUCGGGACAUCGACACGCUGCCGCCAGGCGCUUAUGAGCCGAUCAUUCCCAACUCUGGAGGAACCUGCUCGACUACUUCGCGCGCCGUUAGCCACAAGCUCAGGCAGUGCUCCAAGUUCGCCUACGAGGAAAUCCGUGAGGUGCACAAGCGGCGCUACUUGCUCCAACCCAUCGCCUUGGAGGUGUUCUCCGAGGACGGGCGCAACUAUCUUCUGAGCUUUCCGCGCAAGGUGCGCAACAAGGUGAAUCAGCGGUUCCUGGCUCUGGCCACUGCACUAAACGACAACGCGCAGCAAUCCGUGGCGGGGCAGAAGCGCACGGCCAGUGUGGAGCAAACGGCGGGCAUCUUCAGCGGCCUGAUCGGCGAAACCUCGGUGACCCAGCGUUGGGUGCGCGGCGAGAUCUCCAACUUCCAGUACCUUAUGCACCUGAACACGCUGGCCGGGCGCAGCUACAACGACCUGAUGCAGUACCCCGUCUUUCCCUGGAUCCUGGCCGACUACGACUCCGAAGAGUUGGAUCUGACCAACCCCAAGACCUUCAGAGACUUUUCGCGACCCAUGGGAGCCCAAGCCGAGGAGCGGCUGGAGCAAUUCCAGAAGCGCUUCAAAGAGUGGGAUGAUCCGCAUGGCGAGACUCCUCCAUACCACUACGGCACCCAUUACAGUUCAGCGAUGAUUGUGUGCUCGUACCUGGUGAGGCUGGAGCCCUUCUCGCAGCCAUUCCUCAAGCUGCAAGGCGGACACUUCGAUCUGGCGGACCGCAUGUUCCAUAGCAUUAAGGAGGCCUGGCUAUCUGCCUCUAAGUUGAACAUGGCCGACGUCAAGGAACUCAUCCCAGAGUUCUUCUACCUGCCCGAGUUCCUCAGCAAUUUCAACAGCUUCGAUCUGGGUACCAAGCAGAAUGGUGAGACCCUCAACCACGUUAUCCUGCCGCCGUGGGCCAAGCACGAUCCCAGGGAGUUCAUCCGACUUCACAGGAGCGCUCUGGAAUGUGACUAUGUCAGCCAGCAUUUGCAUUUGUGGAUUGAUUUAAUCUUUGGAUGCAAGCAACAGGGACCAGCCGCCGUUGAUGCCGUCAAUGUGUUCCACCAUCUCUUCUACGAGGGAAACGUGGAUAUCUACAACAUUGAUGAUCCACUCAAAAAGAAUGCCACCAUAGGCUUCAUAAACAACUUUGGCCAGAUUCCAAAGCAGCUGUUCAAAAAGGCGCAUCCUGCCAAAAAGAUGGGCAGCUCUCGUCAUUCGGCACUAAUCGAUCCCACUUCACUGAUCCAGGGCAAUAGCACAGUGCUGCAAACCGACCGGCUGUUCUUCCACAACUUGGACAACCUCAAGCCCAGUCUGCAGCCCAUUAAGGAGCUGAAAGGUCCAGUGGGUCAAAUAUUGCAACCAGACAAGACGGUGUUUGCCGUGGAGCAGAACAAGGUGAUGAUGCCGCCUUCGUACACGAAAUACAUCGCCUGGGGCUUUGCUGACCAUUCUCUCCGCGUGGGACUCUACGACACGGACCGGGCAUCCUUCGUGUCCGAGGCAUCAGCCCAGAACUCAGGCGAGAUUCUGGCUUGCGCCUGUCCCAAUGCCAAGAUGAUUGUCACGGCCGGCACCAGUUCGGUGGUUACUAUCUGGAAGUUCGACGCGAAUCGAAAGAGCCUGGCCGUCAAGCACUCGCUGCACGGGCACACCGACGCUGUCACCUGUCUGGCAGCCAGUGCGGCCUACAAUGUCAUCGUGUCCGGAUCGCGGGACGGCACGGCCAUAGUUUGGGACAUGACGCGGUUCACCUUCGUGCGCCAGCUGCGAGGACAUGCUGGUGUGGUGGCUGCCGUGGCCAUUAAUGAGCUAACCGGGGAUAUUGCCACCUGCUCGGCCACCUGGCUCCACGUGUGGUCCAUCAAUGGCGACGCCCUGGCUAUGGUCAACACUUGUGUGGGCAGUGCGGAUCGCAUGCAGCAGAUCUUGUGUGUGGCCUUCUCGCAGAUCCGCGAAUGGGACCAGCAGAAUGUGGUAAUAACUGGCUCAACCGACGGUGUGGUGAGGAUGUGGUCUCUAGAGCAUACACAGGUGCCCAUUGAUCGCAAGUUGAAGCGAGGCACGGAGGUGACUUCGCAGGACAAACCAGACUCUGUCUCUUUGGAAGGCAAAGACAAUAAGGACGACAAAAUAAGCCUAAUUAAGCCAAUAAGAAGCCUUUCCCAGUCAGAGGAAGAAUUGGAGAUUGUAAAAUCCGCCUCAGAAAGUAGCAUUUCAGAGGCCUCCCAGCAUAGCCUGGAGUCGAGUAAGUCAGCAGGUGCUAAAGCGGAUCUGGAUGGUGAGCCCAGAAAAAGCUCCAUUUCGGGGGCAAAGUCCCUGCACGAAAUGAAAUCAGCCACUGUUGAAGGGGAGAGCAGCAGCUGUGAUCCCAAAUCCAAUGAAGAUGAAUAUUCUAUAAGGCCAAGCAAAUCAGAUACCAGCCUGACUGACGGCUUCGUUUUAAUAGACAAUGACAGGCAUAAAGGCGACCAAAUUCUAAGAAAAGGCUUCAGAUGGCAACGUCAAUUAAUGUUCCGAUCUAAGCUAACCAUGCAUACGGCUUAUGAUCGCAAGGAUAACGCUGAACCAGCUAGUAUUACAGCGUUAACGGUAUCCAAAGAUCACAAGAUUUUAUACGUCGGUGAUGCACGAGGUCGUAUCUUUUCGUGGAGCGUUACGGAACAGCCUGGUCGCGGAGUUGCCGAUCACUGGCUGAAAGAUGAGGGAGCUGAUCAGUGUGUCAAAUGCCACGUCAAAUUUACACUUUACGAGAGGAAGCAUCAUUGUCGCAAUUGCGGUCAAGUGUUUUGCAACAAGUGCAGUCGCUUCGAGUCGGAAAUAUCGCGUCUUCGAAUCCUGAAGCCAGUUAGGGUGUGCCAGGCGUGCUACAGUCAACUGCGAACCAAUUCGUUGGACAAUUAGAAAAAUGAAAUGGGAUGCGUACACAUUACUGCUAACCAUAUUACCCUCUUUAUUGGUAAAAGUUAAACGUAGUUAGUUAUAAUGCUUUUAUUUAUUCUUGUUUCGGUCCAAUAAUUGUAUCCAAAUCGAGUUAAUCUAACUUCAACCAAAGGCUGUUAUAUGAUUUUAUAUUUUAUUUUACAUAGCUUAAUUCGAAUUUUCUAUGUACACAAUCCAAGUUGCAAUAUAAUUUAUACACUUAAUUAUACCUAUUUAUUAAACAGCGAGUUUAACCCAUAAUAAAUGUUGCUUUUACAUCGCAAGCAUUGACAAUUUAUAGUUAUGUAACACAAACGUAAAAUUCUAUAAGUAUUGAGUAUAUAAUGUAGACCUUCGAAGCAAGUACGAGCAGCCCACAAAUGUGGCCAGCGCACAAAACUCGAAUGUCUCCCCAAGGAUUGAUGUUUCCCGUAUUGAUGGUCAGUCCACAGCAGCUAAAUCAAUAAUAAUCAAACUAAGCACCGCCAGUUAUAUCAAUUAAAUAGUUAACUCAAACACUUUUCUAGCAAAUAAAACCAAACACAUCACUAAGGAUAUCCCCGCACCUUUUGCGGGAACAAAACACGUUUUAGCACACAACAAUACAACCUCACACUAAACUAAAUGCAAGUAGAUUUUCUCAACAUUACUUUUAAAUGAGUAAAAAAUAAAAACAAUGCAAAAAUGUACUAAAUGGGACACGAGUUGUAAAAGCAAUAUUUCGAAUUGCAAUCAAAUUAAACAUGCCUUGCAAAAUGAAAAGUAAAUGUAUAAAAAAAAGUCAGACGACUGUGCUGUCAUUUUUCUAAAAAUACUUUAGCGGUUUGACACUUUAUUUCCGAGCUUUAAACCAUUCAAUUCCUUCCAUUAAUCACGACAACAACACUUAAACACUAAAUUAUUGUAAAUAUAAAAGUCAAAUAACAAUGAAAAUAUAUAAAAUUAAGAGAAAUAAAUUAGAUAAAUAUAUUGGUAGCCGUGGUAGAAAACAUUCCGUAUUUUGUAGAGAAUCUACAUGUUGCAUUGAUAAUAAUUUACAAAUAUUACAUAUGUAUGUACGGGUGGCUGUUUAUAUGUAAAUUAAUGUUGUGGUAGGAGCAACAAAUGCAAUUCCAUCUUCUCUAGCCUGUUAUAACAAUUUCCGAACUCUAUCCAAAGACUUAAGAAGCACCAAAGACAGAGAAAAUGUAACUUUAUAUCCUCUACAAACGUUUCAAUAACUUAUACAGCUCAAAGUUUUCAAAUGUGUUAUAUUGUAAAUCAGAAAGAGAAUUGUUAUAUGAACAAUACCUAGCCAGUUAGUGCAAUACGAGAAAACACCACAACAAACACGGGACAUCCUGUAUUACCAUAACAACCUACAUACAUUUCUAAAAAGAAUAAUAUAAAUACAAAUAUAUAUUUAUUGUUAGUGUGUGAGAUAGAAAGCAUAAAUAUUACGGCAUGCGAAGUUUAAAGAAUACAAUUUAAUAAAAUGAGCUAUGUU